AUGAAGAGGAAACAAGAAGGGUGUGAUGGUGAGGAGACAGUGAAAAGACUUGCAUCACCAACAUCCAUUGUUUCUGAUCAGUAUUUGGUUCAACCACAACAUCUGACAACUGUCCAGCUUUUGACUCCAGCAACAGCAGAAUCCUUAAUAGGGGCAUCAUCAGGUGUAUCAACAGUAGGGACCCUAGCAGUCCCUACUGCAGUGGCAGUGGCAGUGCAGACUGAUCAUGGGGCAGUAGAUGACCAGUGUCUGCUUGGAGGAACCAUAACCUAUACCCAACCUACACCACACUCAUCUCCUUGUAAUAUUGUGCUUGCCAGUCCCCAGCCUUUUGUCCCAACAUCUAUUCCAGUCACAGAUCAGGCCACUAUUGCCAGCAAUAAUUCAGUUGGUGUUUCCAAUACUAUUUCUACUGGAGCUGUACCUGUACUUGCUACAGCUGACAAUAGGAUCAUCUCCUACUCAAACAGUGCUGCAGACAAUAACCUGCUUUCAUAUAACAGUAGUACUUCAGACAACAGUAAUACUUGCACAGCAUUCUCAACCACCUCUAUAAACACUGCUAUAUCAUAUAGCACAUCUUAUAUUUCUACUAAUUCUCCUGCUCCAACUGUGUCUGGACCAUUACCUACAGUUGCCAACACUUACGCUACAAAGAGAAGUCAAGAAUCAUUGAUAGAGAGGCAGCAGCGCCUAUCAGAAAGAUUUAAUGCUCUUAUCCGUGCUAAAAUUGUUGAGCUAGUUCGAGCCAGGGGUAUCAAGAAAACAGUUUGUCCGUCAGAGGUUGCAAGAGCUCUCUCACCAAAAGCUUGGAGAGACUUAAUGCCAGCUGUUCGCAAGAUUGGAACACAGUUGGUUAAAGAAGGACUUAUUCUUGUAACUCAGAGAGGAACCAUUGUUGAUCUUUCAACUGCACAAGGUCCAGUUAGGUUUGGACUAGCUGAAUAA